UAUUCAUGCGAUGUCUCCUCUAAACGACACCGGGACUCGGCUGCGCUCAGACGCCUCGAUGUUCCCGGUCGGAACGUACAAACUUCUCGCCUUCACCAUCGGGACCAUCGGCGUGUUGGGUUUCUGCAGCAAUCUUCUCGUCGUCGCACUUUACUACAAGUUUAAGAAGCUGCGGACGCCCAGUAACUUGCUGCUGGUGAACAUCAGUGUGAGCGACCUGCUGGUGUCGGCGUUCGGGACCAACUUCACCCUGGUCUCGUGUCUGGAGCGGGGAUGGGUGUGGGACACCACUAUAUGUGUCUGGGACGGCUUCAGCAACAAUCUGUUCGGCAUCGUGUCCAUGAUGACUUUAUGCGCCCUGGCAUAUGAACGCUACAUUCGAGUGGUGCAUGCCAAGGUCAUUGACUUCCCCUGGGCCUGGAGAGCCAUCACGCAUAUCUGGCUCUAUUCACUUGCAUGGACUGGUGCUCCUCUCCUGGGCUGGAACAGGUACACACUAGAGAUCCACCAACUGGGCUGCUCUUUGGACUGGGCCUCUAAAGACCCCAAUGAUGCCUCCUUCAUCAUUUUCUUUCUCCUUGCCUGCUUCUUCGUUCCUGUGGGGGUCAUGGCCUACUGCUAUGGGAACAUUCUGUUUACUGUGCACAAGUUGCGCUCCAUUGAGGAUAUGCAAACGGUGCAAAUCAUUAAGGUCCUGCGCUAUGAGAAGAAGUUAGCAGCCAUGUUCCUGCUGAUGAUAUCCUGUUAUCUUGUGUGCUGGACACCUUAUGCCGUGGUCUCCAUGCUGGUAGCUUUUGGCAAGCAGAAUGCCGUCUCGCCCACUGCUGCCAUCAUCCCCUCAUUCUUUGCCAAGUCCAGCAUCGUUUAUAACCCCAUUAUAUAUGGCUUCAUGAGCAAGAAGUUUCGGCGUUGUGUUUUAAAGUUGCUUUGCUCCCGUCUGGCCCACCUUCAGUGCAUCAUUAAGGACCACCCGCUGACCUACUCCAGCCACCCUGUACGCCCAAUCAUGAUGUCACAAAGCCGUGACGACAGGCCUAAGAAAAGAGUGACCUUCAACUCCUCUUCCAUCGUUUUCAUCAUUGGCAGCAAUGACACAGAUCCUUUGGACCACAAAUGUCGUGAGUCAUCAGAGAUCAACGUGAUUCAAGUAAAACCCCUUUGAGUCCACCACAAAGUAUUGGUACGAAAAGGCUUUUUUGUAGUUUUUUUG